CUGACCAACUUGGCAGCAAAACCAGACUGAACUCUAAAGUUAGGUGAUAGGCCCCCUCCACGCUAUUUGUAGUGAAUGUUGUCCUCUGCUCUCAGUGCAUUCUACACAUUAUAUGGUAUAGUGAGGAACUGCAGUGCUCAAGCAACUACAAAGAAAAAUGUUUCCACAUAUACAGGCCAGCUGCACUACUACAUGAAGAAAGUGCGGGUUUGUAAUAAGAAGAGAAAAUUCAGCACAGCAGUCAGAGUCAAUAGAAUUAACAAAUUCAAUCCCACCACACUUAGGGUCAGAACUUCUACCUUGCCAUGGAAAGACUGCAGAGGAUAUGUUAAUAGAUAUUCAACAGCUGCUGGGAAAAGAUUGGCUAGAUACUGCGUUUAGUGGGGC